AUGGACUAUGCCAAUAGCACUUUGACCCUCCAGUGGUGGAAGGACAGCGGCCUGGAAUGCCGGUGGUCAGCGACGUCAAUGGACAUUGCAACGAGACGGAACAGGGUCGACAUGUUGCAGUGGUGGAAGGACAGCGGUCUGGAAUGCCGCUACUCAUGGCGUGGCAUGGCAGAGGCGACGAACAAUUGUCCCAUGCCCAGUGUGGACGCCCUCCACUGGUGGAAAGACAGUGGCUUUGAACUCAAAUACGAGGACGAAUACCACAAAAUUUACGAAGGCCUCCAGGACGUCGCGCAUCGUGGGUACGACGAUUUCGACCGUCUUCGACGGUUUUUGCCGGUCUGGCGCUUUUGGAAGCAAAGUGGGUUGCCCUGGGAACACAGUCAUCGGUCGUGGGAUGACCCGUUUUGGUACAAGCGCUGGCCGCUCGAGCUUACCGCUGAGCUGAAGGAAAGGGUCGAGAGGGAGUUUCUGCAGGGAUUAUAACGAUAUGGACUGGGAAGAACUGAAAUUGCGUGGCGAAAACGUCCAACCUUGCGAAAGGAAAAUCUUCACCUGCAACAAUGUUUUGCGGAAAUUUCCGGUGAUGAGCAAUGAACUGACGUCCAUAAAAUUCUUUGCCAUAAACGAUAUAGUGGAGGGCAGCUGUUGAGAAGUGUCGAAAAAUUGAUCAUAUCACGUCUGUUGGUCCUCAUUGCGACAAUCCCCAGGGCUCCCGUAAGGGAUUCACGCCUGAGCUAAAGCUACGUGAUAAAACUAUUACCAGUGCGUGAAUAUAGAUGGGAGUGUAUGCAAUGGAAAUGCAUGUCAAGCAGCACGACAAUUUCAUAAAAGUUGGUCCAUAUUGAUAAAGCACCCCUAUACUUGCU